CCAAAUACCUUAUGCAAAAUACAGCACACUAUAAAAUUUGAUCCACGAGAAAAGCAGAGAUAACAAAACAGAGAUAAACGAACAGCUGCACAAUGUCGACCCAGAGAAGAACGAGUUUCAUAAACUCCCAAACGACGACGUCGCAACAGAUCCGUCCCUCCGUCAUCACGUGGUUCCUCCAGCGACCGCACUCCAUCCCCAUCCUUCUCGCCAUCUUCCUCUUUCUCGCGUGGAUCUCACUCCGGGUCCAGCUCGUCUACCACACUCCCCCUCACUCCUCCCACCGCGACGCGCUCGUCAACCUCGUCAGGUUCCACGCUUCCCACAUCGCCAAGGACAACCGCGGCUGGCUCUUCGAUCCUAUCGUUCUCGCACUCGAUUCCGGCCUUUCAGGUGGAGCUGUGACGUGUUCGUCGCUUCACGUGGGAGAAAUUCGGCCUGGGAAGCGAAGAGGAAAUCACAGACACCACCAUUGUAACGAGACUUUUCUCAUUUGGGGCGCUGCAACCAGGUUUAGGUUGGAGAACAGUGAGCAAGAUGAUGGUUAUGCUGAAGUGACCAUUGGGAGGGAUGAAAUUGCUGUAGCUACAAGUCCGGUUGACAAAGCUCAUGCUUUAGUGAACAUUGAUUCCACUCGGAGUAUCUUCUUUAUAGGUUGUCAAGACAGUGUUAUGAACAAUAGUGCCUCAAGUACUGACUUUAAUGUUUGGAAAGAUCUUUGAACAUUUUUUAUUUUCAUUUUUUUAUUCUGAAUCUGAAAGAUCUUUGAGCCAGCAUGAUGAAAUUUUAACC